UUGGCGAACAAGUUUACAGACUUCUGUUUCAGAGCCGUGGGGGACAGAGCAGCUUUGAGCGGAGAGAAACCAGAAGCACCUGCAGACGCAUUUGCCUCUUGGGGCACAACUUUUUUCCCCCCUCAUCUUCUUAUGAGACUGGUCAGUACCUCUACCUCUUUGACUUUAGGCGCUGUUUUGGCGAACUUUUUCAUUUUUUUUAUGUGCCUGUGAGUGAACACUAAAAGCCGCCUGAAUGUAUAACAUGAUGGAAACCGAGAUCAAGACCCCGCUCCCGCAGUCCAACUCGGGCUCGGCGCCGGGCGCAAAGAACAACAGUGCCAGCGACCAGGAGCGGGUGAAGCGGCCGAUGAACGCCUUCAUGGUGUGGUCCAGGGGACAGCGGAGGAAGAUGGCUCAAGAAAAUCCCAAAAUGCACAACUCUGAGAUCAGCAAGCGGCUCGGCGCUGACUGGAAACUUCUGACCGACGCAGAAAAGAGGCCAUUCAUCGACGAGGCCAAGCGUCUACGCGCUAUGCACAUGAAGGAGCAUCCGGAUUAUAAAUACCGUCCCCGUCGGAAGACCAAGACCCUGCUCAAGAAAGACAAGUAUUCUUUGCCCGGGGGACUGUUGCCGCCGGGAGCCAACGCCGUCAACAACUCGGUGUCGGUGGGGCAGAGGAUGGACGGUUACGCGCACAUGAACGGCUGGACGAACAGCGCGUACUCCCUCAUGCAGGACCAGUUGGCCUACCCUCAGCAUCACAGCAUGAACAGCCCCCAGAUCCAGCAGAUGCACCGGUACGAGAUGGCGGGUCUCCAGUACCCGAUGAUGUCCUCGGCGCAGACCUACAUGAACGCGGCUUCCACGUACAGCAUGUCUCCGGCGUACACGCAGCAGACCACCAGCGCCAUGGGACUGAGCUCCAUGGCGUCCGUGUGCAAGACCGAGCCGAGCUCACCGCCGCCGGCCAUCACGUCCCACUCUCAGCGGGCGUGUUUGGGGGACCUGAGGGAUAUGAUAAGCAUGUACCUGCCUCCCGGCGGGGACAGCGCGGAGCAUUCCUCCCUGCAGAGCAGCCGGUUACACAGCGUCCAUCCGCACUAUCAGACCGCAGGGACUGGCGUCAAUGGGACUCUACCUCUCACCCACAUCUGAAAGCAACAGAAAAAGAAAGGACUUCAAACUUAAAAAAAAAAAAGUACUUCGGAUACUUGAACUUUUUUUGGUUGCUAAAGAAACAACGUUCAACAGUUUUUGUUCAAAAACAACUUAAUCACACUAUCUUUUGAGUUGGCCUCAUGAGGAGGUUGGUGUAUUUCAGAAAUGCUGGAAUGGAGAGUUGGUACAUAAAUGAAUUUUAAAAGGGAUCGAAAGUGAACGUUGAGCCCAUCAGAGUAAAAAUGCAUUGCAAAGAGGCUUUUUAUCACAAGUAUAAGCAAUCAACAUAUGUAGAAGAAUUGGACUUCUAUAUUUUAAAUAAUGCCAUAUUUUCUCUCUAUGAAAAGGCAUGUGGCCUCGUGAAGAGGUUGGUGUAUUUCAGAAAAGCUGGAUGGAAAGCUGGUACAUAAAUGUUUACACUUAAUUUGUAGAAUGUCAGUUGUCCUCGACUGUCCAAAUUUUUGUAGUCUUUCUUUUCCCUCCCUCCUCCUCCUCCUCCUCCUGCUCUCCCCUUCAUGACCUAGGUUAAAAUGAAAUGUUAAGACUGUGCGGGUCGCAAACGCAAGUUUUAUUUAUAGUAAGAUUUUUUUUCUUUCUUUCUUUUUUUUUUUUAGCUUGUGAACCCGAUGUUUUGUCACGUGAAAAAAAUGUUCAAGUUUGUUUUUGUAAAAAAAUGUUCUGUUCUGUGAUGGUUUUUUGACAGUGUCAUGUUUACUCAUUAUCCUGAACGAAAAGGUUUAUUUAAACUGACGUUUCUACAUAUUUUAAGACCAUCCUCUAUUCUUAAAUGCUGAAUAAAUUUGUACAAAACAUGA